CUAGUGCUUUCAAGUGAACACUGAGGGUCCCUCCUGGGGAAGCCACGCAGCCUGUCAGCAUGGCUCAGGAGUUUGUGAAUUGCAAGAUCAAGCCUGGGAAGGUGGUGGUGUUCAUCAAGCCCACCUGUCCUUACUGCAGAAAGACCCAGGAAAUCCUCGGCCAGCUGCCUUUCAAACAAGGGGCUCUGGAAUUUGUGGAUAUCACAGCCACCAACGACACCAGUGAGAUUCAAGACUAUUUACAACAGCUCACCGGGGCGAGAACAGUUCCUCGGGUCUUCAUUGGUAAAGAAUGCAUAGGUGGGUGCAGUGAUCUAACUGCCAUGCAACAGAAUGGGGAGCUGACGACCCGGCUGAAGCAGAUUGGAGCUCUGCAGUAAUAAAGGAGGUGCAGACCCGAUGCUGACAGCAGCUGUCUGUCUGUCCGUCCGUCCAGGCAUGCUGAUGUCCGAUGCCCCCCGAGAGCUGACCUGCGUCACAGAGCACACAUCAGUAUUUCCUGGUGACUGGGACUUUUGAACAAAACCAGCCUUUAUUUCUUCUUUUCCUCAAUGCUAAAUCUGUUGCAAUUUGGCUUUAACCAUGGAGGCAAGAAACUUAACAGACCACACUGGUUUGAUUACCCAUUCUUCAUGUGCCGUCAUAUCUCUACCUCUAAGCCGAUGCUUUUCAACCAGGUUUAUCUAAAUCUCCAGUGAGCCUGUUGCUGCUUUUCUGCUACUGCUGGUCAGCUAAAAUAAUUCUGCAGGACUCCACUUUAUAAAGUAUUAUUAAACCAACAGAUAUUGUACAUUUGUUUUCCAGCCACACACACGCAUCUCCCUCCCACAUGCAUACACCCAGCCCACUUCAGAGUCACUGUUCUGGGCCAGUGUUUUCAACCUUGCCCUCCCGGAACUUACAGAAGAUAGCCCACACUUCCACGAGGAUGCUGUUUGAGGAAUCAGCUAAAGAGCGUAAGCAUGGCUGGUCCUCUCUGUGGCCGUACUAACAGUUAGCAGAGCAGAUGGUUCUUUCAGCUGGCAGUAAAGAUGGUUGCCCAGAAAAUGCCCAGCAGCUGAGCCUUGAUUCCAGUUAGACUACAAGCAAACUUAAAUAUAAAAUGCAAAACUGCAGAACCCUCCUUCUUCUAAGAAUGCCUGUAAGAAAUUGUUUCAAAACACUGUCCUCAAUACUUUCUUCCAUCCACACUUUGGCAUUUUGCUUUGAUGUCCGGUUAUGAUGUUUAAUUGUUGUGGGACUGUGGAACUGCAAGUCCCUUCUCCAGCCUCUGAUGAGAAGGGCUCAUUCCUAAUAAAGAUGUAUCUGUA